AUGGCUUGUUCUCCUCUUAAAUGCCAAUAUGUGGCUCCAGAUCGUUUCACCGGUGAGAUAGAUCUGGGAGCCACAACUGUGAACGGGAGUGAUUCACGAUCCAGGCGAUUCGGGGACCAUGGGGGUCAGUAUGUUCCGGAGGGGCUUAUAGCGCACCUGGAGAGGUUAGAGGUCGCGUUUUUCAAAGAAGUCAACGACCCAGCCUUUUGGGAUGAGUAUCGGUCCUAUUAUGACUACACCGGCCGACCUGGUCGAGUUUAUCUUGCUGAACGGUUGACCGAGUAUGUAGGCGGCGCGAAUAUAUGGUUCAUCCGGGAAGACUUGAACCACACAGGUUCUUACAAAAUCAACAAUGUUUUGGGCCAAGUUCUCCUUGCAAGAAGGAUGGGCAAAAAGAAGAUCAUCACAGAGACUGGAGCUGGCCAGCACGGUGUGGCUGCGGCUGCAGUAUGCGCUAAGUUUGGUUUAGAAUGCGUUGUUUUUGUUGGUGCGAAUGACGAGGCCAGACAACAUUCUAACAUACUCAAGAUGUCGGCCCUUGGAGCUCGGAUCGUAAUCGUUAAUGUAGGCACCAAAACAGUUCGUGAUGCUAUGACGGAGGCACUCCGCGCAUUUUCCUCUGAUGGAGACACGUCAUUCUACCUGGCUGGCGCACCCACUGGCCCCUAUCCCAUUCCGCUGAUGGUCCGAACAUUUCAGUCGGUCAUUGGAAAGGAAGCAAAAGAGGGAAUCAUAGAAAAGACAGGAAGACUUCCGGAUGCGGUCGUUGCCUGUGUCGGUGCCGGUGCUAACGCCAUUGGGGCAUUUUACCCCUUCUUUGACAAUACCACAGUGCGGCUAGUUGGUGUCGAGGCUGCAGGUCAAGGCAUUCGCACGACUCAGCAUAGCGCGACGUUGUCCAAAGGAAGCAAAGGCGUAUUCCAUGGCGCGAUGUCCUAUGUUUUGCAGGAUGUCAAUGGCCAGAUUAUGCCAAGCUACUCAGUCGCUGCUGGUUUGGACUACCCCGGCGUUGGCCCCGAGCUUAGCUUUUGGAAAGAUAUCGGAAGGGCCGAGUUUGUCCAUGCCACAGAUGAAGAAGCGUUACAAAGUUUUCAUUUGACAUGUCAGCUCGAAGGAAUAAUACCUGCGUUAGAGUGCGCUCAUGCAAUACACGGGGCCAUGGUGUUGGCAGGAUCUAGGAGAUCUGGCGACGUUCUUGUUUGCAUCAGUGGGAUGGGAGACAAAGAUUUACAUUUGGUUGAUUGUAUGGCAAAACAAACAGCUACAUAA